UGUGUGUGUGUAUGGUCAGGCAGACCGUGAAAGUUGCCCUGGAGGGAACCUGGGAGUUUUACAAACAGGCGUUGCCUUCAAAGGGAGCCCAAGACACAGAUCAGUGCUAUGGUCAAGUCCAGGAACUACUGCACAUAGACUUUUUAUUCUUUGAAUGUUGUAACUCAGUAAAAUGGGUCUGAGCUACUCCAGGGCUCAUCAUAAGGUGACAAAAGUGGCACCAGUGCAAACCAAAGAGGAGGUGCCUACUUCUCCUUGCACUGCUGCGGUGUGUGGAUUUCACAGUACCCUGGAAGAGAGACGUUUAUGCUCCUUUGCAGCCAUGGAGGAGAGAAAUCCACUGUUUCAAAGGCAGCUUCCACCCCUAAGAGAAACUCUGUAUGGCAGAUGCUCCACAGUGCCCAGACCCAUUUCUUUUGACAUCAUGAUGGAAACGGGAGAAACAAGUAUUAUUAAACAGCAUCCACCUCGAAGACUCCAAAAGCUGGAACCCGCUGACCUUCCACAAGUAAUCACUUCUGAAAAGCUCUUCAGCCAGCAGGAAGGGGCAGCAGCCCGAAAAGCAAAGGAGCUGGAGAAGCGAGUGCAAACUGCAAAAUAUACGUCUGGAAGACGACAGCACUUACACAAGCUGCAGAUGUUAGAAAUGAACCGCAAGCGAGAAGAGAUGAAUCAUUUACAAAGCCAGGAGGAACUGAAGAGAAGUCUCCACAGGGAGGAAAAAAUCAACAAACAAAAAACGAGGGAGCUCAAGGCUAAGAAAGUCCUCGAAAAUCUUCAGAGAAACAAUUGCUCUGAAGGGGAAGACCUUGUCCCCAUUGAGCAUGAUCAAACUUUUAAUGGAGACCAGGGAAAUACAUGGGAUGGAGAAUUCUUGGAGCGACACGAGAUGGCUGAAUCCUAUCCCAGCCAGAGCAGUAAAGUGGAAAUGUGGUUCGUAAAACAUCAGGAGCCACAAGAUCUAUUUUGGGACAGCUCUAGCACUGACUCGGAUGACUGGAAAAGAGAAGAGAGAAAGCUGGGUCGCAGACCUGCACUAGUGAGAACCAAGACGGAGAGAAUCCCUCUGUUUGAUGAGUUCUUUGAUAAGGAAUUCUAACGGCAAACGAUCCGGGUGGGACUGGAGUCAUGCACUGAAAAAACUCAGUUCUCGGAUUAUGCUUUAAACCCACUGGAUGGAUAGACUGACGCUGUUAAGAAUUACUUCUCUUGUGAAGUAAAUAGAGUUUGUGCAAGUAUGAAGAAAUACAAAGGAACACUGCAGAUACGGAUAUAACCAAACCCAUUUAUCUUUGCAGGUCUUGAAGGGCCACUAUUGUGAAGGUGCAUCUGCUUUGUGGAAAAAUAUAAUGAGAAAUUCAGGGGUAUAUACAACAAUAUAUUGGAACUGACAUUAUUUAUCAUGCAGCUGUUUUGAUGCAGCUAAGAUGGGGGCACAUAGGGGGAUGCCACUGAACAAGAAAUAAAGGGUAAGACUAGUCCUACAGCCCUGAGACAUGCAAAAUGCCCAUUGAUUUUGGCAGGAGUUGUGUGAGUUUGGAUUGUAGGAUCAGAUGACCCGACUCUCAGGAGAAUUACUUCCUCCUCUUGUCUCAGCCCCCUGCUCACCUUAUUACCUUUGCUCUGCCCUCUUCUCUUUUAAGACCCUCUUUGGGGGAGAAACACCUUCAAGGUAGCUCAUAGGGCCUAGCCUGGCACAUCCUCACCCUUUUGUCCUAUUGACAUUUACGAGUACCUAAGCACACUCACAAGAGGAAUUAUGGAACUAACAAAACACAUGCCUUACCUUGCCAUUCAGUCACACUUUGACCUCCCCGUCCUCUUGUCGGUAUGUCAUCUAAUUAGCUCAAGAUCUGCAAAUGACCUUUGGCUGGAUUCUGACUGCACUUAUACCAGCAUAACUUAGUUGACUUCACUAGAACUACUCCUGAUUUAUAAAGAUAUCAGAGCACAGUUGGGCCGGUUGCCACCAUCUGUCUAUAAAGAACCUAGCAACAAAUAGUAAAUAAAGAUAAUCAAUCUUAAACCCACAUUCCCUUCCCUCAAUUUUUGACCUCUUUUAUCCUUCAAAUUAGGACAUUUAUUGUCUAUAUACUUAGACGGCCCCAUCAUUGUAAUGCUGAGACCUCACAAACAUUAAUGAAUUUAGCUCAGUAUUACAAUGUUAGGUAGCUCAGUAUUACAAUUCCCAUUUUACAGAUACAGACUCAGAUAUAGAAAUAUUAUGGUUGGGAUUUUCAUAGGAGCCUAGGGGAGUUAGAUACCCACCACCAACUGUAUUUCAUUGGGAUUUGGGUCUUUAACUCCCUUAGGCUCUUUUCAAACUCCCAGCCUAAGUGGCUUGCCCAGGAUCAGAAAGUCUGUAGCGGAGACUAGAUUUGAAUCCAGAUAUCCAGUUCAGAGUCUCAACUGCAGGCUUGUACUUCCUUAUCCCCUCUAUCCAUGCAUGUACCUGCCAUGUAAUGAGUCGGACUAGAUUGUCACAAUGGUCCCUUCUAGCCUUAUAAUCUAUGAAUUUUUGCAUCUCUGCCUGCUUCAACCAUGAGAAAAUAACUGACACUGUCCCAAAAGUUCAGACUAGGUACAGUGAUUGCAUGACAAAACCCCUACAAAGCAAACGGAAUAAAACAAAAUUUUAUUUUGUUAAAAUAAAACAAAAAAGAGAUUAAUUUUGAGAAGACGACAAUGUAAACAGUAAAGGUAGCUAAUGACUAAUGACUGUUUUACUUGGAUUCUAUGUUUUAAAAAAAAAUAUCUCUGUGAACGCUUUCCAGAUCUCACUUAACAACCAUGGAUAGGAAAGUAUUGUGAAAGCUUUAUUGGGUAGAGAAAAAAGUCAGCGGUUUAAUGGGAUGGAACAAUUCACCUGGCACUAGACUAUACACCUGUCCUCUAAAUGAUUCCACAUAUUUCCCUCUUGUGUUCCCAUCUGUCAACAAUUAAGCUAUAAUUGGUGGAAAUGGAAUUUAUCCUAGACAAGUGCUGAUUAGUUUAGCGAUAGUUGGGUUGCAAGCGUAUGGAAACACUGCACACGGAUAAGAAUAUGUGGAAUAAUCAGCCCUUUUCACAUGUUUUAUGGGAGGAAAAGAUAUGUAAUGUUAAUUAAUCAAAAUUAUUUCGUAUGUCAUAUACUUAGCUAUGGAAAAAAUGUUUGCUGUUUUUCUUGCAGGUCAGAGUUCUUUGAUGCCAAUCAUGACAAUUUUCAAAUGUAUUGAUUUAUUCUAAAUAAUGGUAACCUUUACAGAGGCAGACUGCAACUCAUUUUUACUCUGAUACUUUCUAACACUGGAAAUUAAAAUGCUUUCCUUUCUGUUAAGCCUGGAAUUUAGAGUCUCCUUUACACACACACACACACAGAUUUCAGAUGGUUGCUACCUUCCUAUAAUUUUAAAGGUAUGUCAUUAUGAUUGGCUAUUUAUACUGGGUGAAAUUCACCCCAUAGAGAGGGGUAAAUUUCUCCUAAUAAGAACAUCCACACACAAUACCAGUACAUAAUGCUGGCCAAUUUUGCCUUCUAUUUGGCAAACCCUGAUUCAUUAUAAUUCUAAUGCAACAGAAACCCUCAUAUCUGCUUUAGGAGACAUAACUCGGUUCAAGCCUUAACAUAACGGAAGAAGUGUCAUCAGGAGCAUGCAGAACUUUGGGAGCUGUCUGUAGUUUAGUGACUAGUAUGAGCUCAUCUGUUGCUCAGUGCUCUGUCACUUGUGUGUUUAUCAAUCUCACAGUGCAAUACCAGGGUAUUUUUAAAAGUGGAACUAGAUUUUGAUUCUGUAGGACAUUUUCAACCAGUUCUUAAGAAUGUUAAAGGUCAAGUGCAACCCUAACAUGAAAAUCUGAUGUAAGCACAGGUUUAUUCAAUGGUAAAAAGCGGCGUUAAUGUAGAAUUAAGAUUGCUUGGUGGUAUGUCGUCCCUUUGCACAACACUGAGUUGAGCAAAACUCAAACUUCUGAAAACCAGGAAAUGGAGAAUUAAGGUUGCCCAUGCAACCUUAACUCUGCCCUUGUUCAGCCAUGCCCCAAUACGCCCUGUGACCACACCUAUCUUUACACUGCCACUCCCAUUCACUUUUACACACAAAAUCCCAUAUAACGCUAUUAAAGGACAAAAAGGAAACAUUUAAAAAAAAUUGUCUAUGCCACCUUCCCUUUAUCCUCUUUGAACAAUGCCUCAAUAUACAUGUAGCAUGUACUCACGUUGGUCCUUGAUACUAUAAGCUUCAGGAGGUUCCAGAUUCUGGUGCACACGCACACACUUAGUCAACUCCCUAGAAAGAAUAUCACACGUGUACAAUCUAAGAACCAUUUCACAGUAUGGGCAACCUUAACUCUGCAUUUCCUGGACCUUUAGUUUUGCUCAACUCAGCAUUCUGCAAGAGAAUGACAUAUCACCAAGCAACCUUAACACUAUGUUAAUGGAGUUUUUGCCAUUGAAUUUCCUAGGUUUUUUUUUUGAAGAUGAACGGAUAUGUUGUUGGUAGGAGUUAGUCAUUUAGGCAGUUGUACAUAUCAUGUCUCACAAUUAGUGCACUGAGCCAGUCACCUCUCCAGCCCCCAUGUGCACACACUCACUGUGCCCCACCAGGCCUGCUCCAGAAUACCUCCCAAGCCAUGCCCCCGACCCAUUUAAAAUGUUCCCCCCUAAAACCUGGCACCCUCCCCACUAUUGUACCCAGGUCUCCUCAGCACAAGCAAGGAAUGUAUCUCCCUAAAGCCUUGACUCCCUGGCAAACUGUAGUAGGAACAGAGCCUGAGACAUAAGCCCUUGUAUCAGAGGCCUGGUAUGAGGCAGGACCUGCUCACAGAAUCUGCCAAGAACAGGGUGACUAUUGCAGAAAUACACAUUCCUAAGAAGUGCUAGUCACAAAGUACUCACGCAAACACAUCCUGAUAUCAAGUGGUAACAGAACAUCCUGAUCUCAAGGAUGGUACAAAAACAUUUCCCAAGGAUAACAGGAACACACUAACCCCUCCUUAAAGAUAAGGUCAGGAUGACAGUACAUAAUAAAAAUGUUUUAAUCAAAUCAACAGGUACAAGGUGAUGGGUGAUAACUAGCUAUGUUAGAGGGCAGUAACUAACUAUGUCAGAGGGACAGUACUCACUUGUUUGUAUUGGGAUAUAAAGGUGUAUCUCAGAGGGAGUAUCUUUGUCUAGCCUAGGGAGGAAUGGAAAGUCCCGCUGUUCACUGAGCUGGUCCAUUGUUAUGGGCAUACAUGUAUUAGUGGACUGGUAGCGUCUGCAGGAUGCUAGUACCAUGUUUCGUCAACAAUAAACCUGG